UGGGAUUUUUUGGAAAAAAAAGACGUACAAAAAGUGGAUUUCUGUUGCAAAUAGGGUCAACGCAUUAAAAAUCAAUAAAACUGCAAUAUAAUCGUAUAAAUACCUUAAGAAUCAAAACAGCAGGUUAAUUUUUAACAAGUUUGAAAGUAUAGCCGGCGCGACAGACAGUAGUUCAUUCACAACAGUUAUAAGAAUAUUUAGUAUGUGAUUAAUUUUUUAUAACAAGCCUCCUCUACUAGGGAUGCCAAACGCGACUACCUUUCACAAAUUUUGGAAUGGACAUCUUUAAAUCAUCAUUGAAUGACACACAUGCGAUUAUAUUAGCUCGAGGAGGCUCAAAAGGAAUUAAAAAUAAAAAUUUACUACAAUUUAAUGGAAACAGUAUACUUGGAACUACUAUAAAAACUAUUAAAAAAUCUGGCAUGUUCGAAAAUAUAUGGGUUUCCACUGAUAGUGAUGUAAUUGAAAUGGAGGCUUUAAAACCUCGAAAAUUAUAUCGUAAAUGUUUGUCUAGCAAAAGAAAACGAUUAAUUAAUAAAGUAAAGAAUUCAACAUGAACGGUGUCAAAUCAGAAAGUUUGUAUGUUCAACAUCGACAGCAGCCAAGUAUCUUACAAAGACCAAUAUCAAUAGCUGCAUAUUAACAGGUAAGUACAUAACAUAUAUUUUUACUUUUUAUACAAUUUAUAUAUAUUUUUCUUUUAUUUAAAUCAUGUCCCUGCUGGCCACCUGAGCGUUUUUCCAUAAGAA